ACUCAGCCUGCCCUGCCUCGCUCCACACUCCCUCCACGGGGCUGUCCUGCACGGGAGGAGGGAGGCGCACAUCACCCAGGCGUGCUCACCGGCACACUCGCGGGGAGCUUGCUGUCACUCUGCCACAUGGGGUCGCCCUACCCAACAUGUGGCUCUCAUCUGAAAAGUAGACGCAGCCAGCUGCGAUGAGAGUGUAGCGUCUGACAGGGAGGGAGGUCAGUGCCGGACUUCUGUGGGCUGGGAGCGGAGUAACAUUGGAGUCGUCGCCAAAUUAGCUGUCCUUACGAAACGCAAGUGUAAGUUAGGAAUCCCUGAGGAGCACCUCGCUAGCAGGAGGAGCAGAGCAGGACUGGACACCGUGGCACGCCGGCUCUCCUGGGAACGCCUCCGCUGCUGCCGCUUUGCACCGGGAGGGCACUGUGGCCGCUCGGUUCCCGAGGAGCCUCGGUGAUCACGAGCAGGAGGCCUGGGGCUCCGUGCCGGCUUCCAGCAUGCGGCCCGGCCGCCCGCGUGCAGGAUAAUGCGCGGAUGGCUUAGCGCAUGGAAAGGGAACUUGCCCAGCGUUCUGUCUGGCCUGUACGUGCAGUUCGUCCUGCUGCUGGGCGGCGUGGGGCUGGCCAGCACAGAGAGGACCUCCGUGGAGUUGGCCACCAUCAUGAACUGCUCACAACACGAGCGUCACACCGGGAACUACGAUUACAUGGAGGGGGGCGAUGUACGGGUCAGACAGCUCUUCAGCCGGACACAGUGGUUCCUCACGGUGGACGACACUGGCAGAAUUGGCGGUACACAGGACCCCACCAACUGCUACAGUAUUCUCGAAAUUCGGACCGUCUCGGAGGGCGGGGUGCUGGCCAUCAAGGGGGUGAAGAGCCAGUACUACAUAUCCAUGAGCCGCUCCGGAGUGCUGCAGGGCAAGAAGAUCUACAGCGAAAGCUGCAACUUCAAAGAGAUUUUCCUAGAAAACUACUUCAAUGCGUACUCUUCAAUGAAGUGGACGAGACAGAACGGUAAACAGAUGUUCCUGGCACUGUCGCAAAAGGGAAGGCCACUGAAGGGCCGGAAGACACGCAAGGAGAACAUCUCGUCUCAUUUCAUACCUUUGAAGUGCAAAGGGGAACCAAUUGUGGAGUGAAGGUGUCAUUCAGUCUCACUGCUGCCCCCAGAGGUAAAGAGGGGUACAGUUGUAAUGGGUCCAUGUUGAAUGUCUUCUAAAUGUCCAAUGUAGUCAUGGGACAGCACACAACCACUGUCAAACAGAUAAUAAUGUGUCCAUUAAUUAUUAUUGAUACAGUAAUUAACCCAGUCAAAUGACUUUAAAUUAUUUUGUUUUUACAUCGUCAGUGUGUUAUUUGCAUUUUUCUAAUAGCUGUUUAAUUUUAAUGUUAAAGUGUUUGCUGCUAACCCAAGUUAAGUUCAUAUCCAAAACGUGCUAUUCAUUCACUACUGUGUUACAAGGUUUUUAGUGAUUAAUUUAAAAUAAUUUACUAGCUAAAAGAGUGAUCUGUAAUUCUCUGGGCAUUUUGCAACUACAUUUGAGGGAGUCCUGACUUCCCCAGAUCCUGUUACAUUAGGAAACCGUCAGGUUGUAAAUAAAAGAAACAAACUGUAUGACCUGGCACAGUCACACUAUGCUGGAGGUCAGAUUGGGCUUUCUGCACAUUUACACAUGUUAGAACCAUGUUUUCUCUGAAUCUCUGAAAUUGUUUUCCAGAAUAUAUGUAAUUGUAUAUAUUAAUGAACAACCAUCGUCAAUAUUGUAUUAAUAUAUGUAUGAAAGUGAACCUGAAGAUGUUUUCUUCCCUGUACCGUUAAGUUGUGAAGCCUGGACAAACUGUUGUGAGUUUGAGAAGAGACAAGACACUGACCGCUGCUCGUUAAUCAGUAAACUUACUGAUUAAUUAUCCAGUAAUUAUACUCGUACUUAUUUUUCGGUAUCAAGUCAAAGGAAAAAUAUUCAACAGCUUGCUGGAUCCAAUUAUGAUGGACCCAUCACAAAAAAGGCCUGAAACUGAGAGGAAAGACAUUGCUAAAACACCCCGGUGUUUCAAUAGUAACAGGGAUUUAAUCUGAUGUGACAGAGCAGUUAGAACAGGCAUUAAAAUGCACACAAUCCUGACUCAAAAAGUACUGAGUAUCCUCAUGUGUCAAAACUACACCGGAGGGAAAAAAAAAACAGUAAACCAGAAAUCCAGGAGUGUUAAGGGGAACACAAAUGCGUUAUAUGACUUUGGGUUAUUGGUACUGUCUUGACCACAGCUGCUUGCAGCGAGUUCUAACAGCCGGAUGAAGAAACAUUGCACUAAAUCUAAAGUCCUUCAAACCCUGAAUCUCUACCGUACUCUUUAAACUCGUAACUCAGCCACUACCCUUACAAGCUAUCUAUGUCAUUUACAUUUUUACCUCCAGAAUAUACAUUUUCCUAAUGCUACUUGAAAUUGGUGCAACAUUCCUCUUUAACCAGAUCUUAAUGGUCAACAUUUCACUGGCAGUAGAUGAAAAACUGCAUUGAACAACUGUGUAUUGAUUUAAAAAUCCCUACUUCUAACUGGAGCUCUAGACAACUAAGCCAUUGAGGUGGUGCCUGCAGGAUCAAUGUACAUGACAGAAUUUUCUCAGUUACUCACUGUGAUUAUAAUUAUUUGUGAUCCAUCACUGUUUGAUCAUAUUUAUCCAAACUUGUGCUUCUAGAGCCAUGUGUUGGCGAUGACUUUCAUUUUGUCAGAAUGUGGUUUUGAUCACAUGCAAGCUGUUUCAUACCAUAGUCAAAACAAAAACUGGGGGGCAAGCAAUGAUGCGCUGUGUUACCAUGGUAACAAGGGCUCACACAGAAACACAGCAUGACAUCUGUCACAUAGACCACUGCUAAAUGUGGGUACUGGUUUCAAAUUACUGCCACGUCAUUAUUAGCAAACUGAACCCAACCUCAGAAGGGAAGCUGUCUGAAAACGACAAUAGUCUCCAUUAGCACACAGACAGCUCAUUUCAGCAUGAUUUAUCCACAGAUGACUGUAGCUACAGAGUACGGAUGGUUCACAAGUUUCAUGACUCCAUAUAUGACAGCACGGCAGAGUCAUUAGAGCUUGAAGAUAUACAACUUGAACUUUCAUAUGCUUUCAAAAAUGCACACUCAUUACAAGUGUUAUUCGCCUAUAUUACAAAUAACAGAGAAUCCAUACGAUGGAACAAAUUAUAAUUUUAUACCAAAUAGCUGUCAAUCCACUGGAUGGCAUAGGCGGCUGCCUAGGGUGCCAUCAUCUGAGGGGACACUGACCGUUGGUGUCGAGGGAGCAAAAAUGUGAAGUGUUUGGCAGGGAGAAGGGAGGCAGCAGAAAUGUGAACUGUCAGUGGGUCCCCGAGGACCGGGUUGGGAACCACUGGCAUAGAGUAUCUGGGGCAGGUGCGUAGCUAAUUCUGGGCCCCCUGACAAAAUCACCUUGCCCCCCCCAACCUCAAGGCCCACGGUAAAUCAUGCUGAGCAGUGUGGGGGUGUCCCCCCAGUAAAAUUUCUUGAGCAGGGCAAAUUUCCUCUGGCUGAUUAUGUGUCACGCACAGUCCCAUAUGAGACUCCAGCACCUUAACAGAGAGUGAAAACCAUAAAAAUGAAUGCUUUUGCUAAGUCACUAUCAGAUUUGUUGUUAAUAUCAAAACCACUACAGUAUUCUGUAUAAUUCAGCUAUCGGCAGCGACUCUGAUCCUAUAGUAAAUGGCUUCAUCAGUGUGUUCUGGUGAGAAUUACACAGUGACAACUUCUUCAGGGCUUCCAGCAGAGAGACCAUAAAUAAUCAGCUUGAAAUAAGUUUGCUAGAACAGGAAAAGAUAAAGAAACCCUAAGCCACAGUAACUCAUUGAAACAUUUAAAAUUGUAUUUUUUUCCUACUUUUCUUGUUUCCUGGUAAAUGGGAUCAGUCUGCUUCCUUUCACUGAACCCAAGCUCCCUGGAAAACCUCUGCGCUUUCCAGGACUUUUAUAAUAAAUGCAGCAAAGACACAGAAGUGAGUUAGGGGAGACAUUUGGUCAGUGUGGCUGCCCAACAACAGACAGAGGGGGAACUCAUCUGGACUGCAUCCCAACCGCACACACUGCUCGGAGGCAAGGUGUUCCGUUCUCGCACCACACCAUGCACACCUCUGUCCUGAAGGGGAACACCUUCCCUUUUCCUCUGACCCUCCUCACUGCAAAACUCUUGACUUGCUUUAAAAGUAAAAAGCAUCUUAAAGACACCCCGGGUUUCCUGGUCCCCGUGGCAAUCCCAGCUCAUGCAAGUCGGGUGUUGUUAACUAGGCAACUCGAUUGUGAUCAUCAUUAGAGAAAACCCCAGCAGAAACAAAUCAUCUGACCUGCUCUGUUAUGGUAUAUGGAGAACAGCUCUGCAGCAAAAAGUAAAUGCAAAGCAGAUGUGAACUUUAACAAGGCAUGCUGAUUCACCCUGGAGCACGGUUAGCUGGUACUAACUCGGACCCCCAUGCGCUGGCUUUUUGGAGGUCCACAGUGGAGGCGGUCCCAGCUUGUCUCUCGCAAGAGGUCGUGGUGUCCCUGAGGGACUCUGCAGGACCCAUAUGACCUUGGUGGCUGAUAACAUGGUGUAUAUGUUCAGCGCUACCUCUGGGCUUGUUCCUUCCAUUCUAACCUAAAUUAUUAAAGUUAUUUGAUUCAUUGA